AUGACGGAAUGUGGUGAACCGAAACGUUUAAUUCAGCAAGUGCCAACAAGAUGGAACUCCACAUUUUUCAUGUUACGCCGAUUCCUUUUACUACAAGAGGCGUUGAAACACUGCAUGGCCCUUAUUGAGAGAGACUGGCCUAAUAUUAACACAAUGGAAUGGGAGUUAAUGGGGGAAGUGUGUACAGUCUUACAGCCUUUUGAAGAAGUCACUUCUUCUAUCAGCGGUGAUGAAUAUCUGACAGGAAGUAUGGUCAUAGUCAUGACAAACUGUCUCACAGAAAUAUGUGAUGAUUUUCUAAACAAAGAAGAGUUCGCGCUAUUUAAUCCCACAACAAAGGAAAUCGUCACUUCUUUAAAAAAUGGAUUGAAAGAAGAAGAUUUGUUGGCGUAG